AUGGAGCCCGAGGAAGGCUACUUGGGCUCCUUACUGGGCGCGGUGCAGAGCCGUGCCUCCAUGGAUCUAGAUGAGCCCUGCCUCGACCCCAUGCUGGGACCAUCGGAGUUGUAUCUGGACGUCUUGCUGGGUGACGUGGGGAGCAUUGCCAUGAUGGAGCUAGAAUCCUACCUCGAUACCGGACGAGGUAAACAGUCAGGCCGCCAUACCGCCUGA